GUUAAUUGUGAAACUCUCUUUAACGCAUCACCUCGUGGCGUAAGUCCUGUUUUGUAAAGUUGUUUGUGUUUUUUGUAAAGUUGUUUGUGUUUUUUUUGUGGUAUUUUAUAACUUUUAUUUUAAAAUGCCAGGUUGUUGUGUUCCUUUGUGUGGAAAUAAAAGCCGAUUGUUUCGUCUUCCAACAGGUGUUAGUAAUAGGGCUAGAAGAGAGAUGUGGGAGAAUUUAAUAGGCCGGGACGAUUUGAACGACAACUCCAGAAUUUGCGAAUUACAUUUUUCUGAACAACAAUUUGAAGCAAAGCGAGCAGAUGGAAGGAAACUAUUGCGGCCGAAUGCUGUUCCAGAUGUAUUAAAUAAAAAUGUUGGUGCUUGUGUUUCAAUGGACGACUGUACUCCUUUGACAACUGCUAGGGAAAAUGAAAUUUUUGAACUUGAAAGCUGUAGCAACAAUGAAAAUGUAAAUGUUGGUUGUUUCCCUGAAGUGGACUCGUUAUUGGACCAAACCAACAUAGUGGAAGAAUUUCAAACGUUGAUCGAAAAUUUACGUAACGCUUUGAGAAAAGCUUUACGGGAGCGCAAUAAAUAUAAAAAGGCACUGGAAAAUUGUGUCAAUAAUUUACAAGGGACAUUAAACGAGGAUCAAAUUCAAUUUAUUCAGACUGGCACUGCCAGAGGCCAACUAUGGUCAGAAGAUACAAUGACAAAAGCACUGAAAUUGUAUUUAGCUUGUGGCGCGAAGGGUUAUGAAGAAAUACGACGGCAGAAAUUGCCAUAUCCGAGCAUUAGGACCAUACAACAACGUCUUCAAGGAAUAACGCUUAAACAUAAAUAA